UCAAUAAAUAAAUUCUGCAGAAAGAAAAAGAACAUAUUUCUCUCUUUAAUUUGAAAAUUAUAUAGCAGCAAACAUUAGCCCACAAUGUGGCAACACUGUGUGCUAAUCUUAGCGGCAGCAACAAAUGUUUUGGCUGGCGUCUUUCCAAACUAUCAUGCUCAUUUUGAUUUCGUUACCUGGAAUGAUGAGAAAAAAUUGGUGGACUAUGAGGCAGCCACUAAAUGGUGGCAGACAGCCUCAUUCUAUCAAAUCUAUCCAAGGUCAUUUAAAGACACCAAUGCAGAUGGUGUGGGCGAUUUGAAAGGCAUAACGGAGAAGCUAUCGUAUUUGAAAGAGAUUAAUAUAACAGCCACUUGGUUGUCUCCCAUAUUUAAAUCGCCUAUGGCUGAUUUUGGUUAUGACAUUUCCAAUUUCUAUGAAAUUGAUCCUUUGUUUGGCAGCAUGCAGGACUUUGAGGAGUUAAUGCAAAAGGCCCAGCAGCUGGGCAUUAAAAUUAUUUUGGAUUUUGUACCCAAUCAUACCAGCGAUGAGUGUGAGUGGUUUAAACGCUCUGCUAACAAAGAUCCCUUCUAUAAGGAUUUCUAUAUCUGGCAUCCGGGCAAGAUUGUAAAUGGCAAACGCCAACCACCCACCAAUUGGGUUAGUGUUUUUCGCGGCUCAGCCUGGGAGUGGCAUGAACAGCGUCAGGAAUAUUAUUUUCAUCAAUUUGUGAAAAAACAACCCGAUCUUAAUUAUCGCAAUCCCAUAGUGCAGGCUACCAUGAAAGAUGUUUUAAGGUUUUGGUUACACAAGGGUGUGGCAGGUUUUCGUAUCGAUGCUGUGCCUCAUAUUUUUGAAAAGGCAGCCGAUGCUCAAGGCAAUUUACCGGAUGAGCCUAGAAAUCCUAGUGUUAAUGAUCCCGAUGAUUAUGGUUAUUUGCAACAUAUCUAUACAGUGGAUCAACCGGAGACCAUAGAUUUGGUUUAUCAGUGGAGGCAGGUAUUGGAUGACUUCAAGUUUGAGUUUGGUGGUGAAGAUCGUAUAAUUAUGGCGGAAACUUAUUCACCCAUAUCGGUGGUAAUGCAGUACUAUGGUAAUGCAACCAUGGAGGGAGCUCAGAUACCUUUCAAUUUCUUGUUUAUUAACUCUUUGAAUAAUAAUUCAAAUGCCUAUAAUUAUGCGGAUAUUAUUCAUACUUGGCUGGAUAAUAUGCCAGAGGGUCGUACAGCCAAUUGGGUGCUGGGUAACCAUGACAAAAAUCGUGUUGCCUCUCGCUUGGGAACCGAUCGUGUGGACAUGCUUAAUAUGUUAAUAUUUACUUUGCCCGGCUGUAGUGUCACCUAUAAUGGUGAGGAGAUUGGCAUGACUGAUGUAUGGAUUUCCUGGAAUGAUACUGUUGAUCCUUCGGCCUGUAAUUCAAAUCCUGAUAUUUAUGAAACACUCUCACGCGAUCCCGAGCGCACACCAUUCCAAUGGAACCGAGAUUAUCAAAGUGGUUUCAGCUCGGCGAACAAGACCUGGUUGCCUGUGUCGCCAGACUACUGGGAUGUUAAUAUGGAGUGGGAGACACAUCAGCCUAAAAGUCAUGUGAAUAUCUUUAAAGAGCUGCAGUCUACAAUAAGAACUCAAUCUACCAUAAAAUAUGGUCAAACACAAGUGAUGGCGGUUAAUCAAAAUGUGCUGGCGGUGAAAAGAUAUCUUUUGCAUGAUUACACCUAUAUAACCUUAAUCAAUAUAUUUGAUAAUGAAGAGACUGUUGAUCUACAAAAGACUUUACGAGAUGUGCCCACUGAAAUGGUGUAUGCUGUGGUCACCCAGCAAUCUAAAGCCAAAAAAAAUGAUCUUAUUAAAACCUCUUCCAUCACUUUGCAACCCAAAGAUGCUGUCAUCUUAAAAUCCACCACCAAACUCACCACCUCUGUGGGUUAUUUCACCUACUACAAGGCCGAGGAUAAAAACACAAAAUAAUUAAUUUUUUUUAGUUUUAAGAUUUUUAUAUAUUGGAAUUAUUUCACAUAAACUCAUAUAUAUUUUUCUAAAUUUAAACUGAUUCCAAAAUAAUGGCCUCAUUACCCGCUAAAUUAACAUUACUCAAAGUGACCAAGUCGCUGCAAAUAAAAAAAAUAAAAUAAAUUAAAUUUAUUAAAUAAAAA